GGGAAACGGAAGUAGCUGCCUUAAUUUGACAGGAAGUAGUUCUGACCGUUGUUGCGUCUGGUGUCAUCGUAGCAUUUAAAAUGCCGGAGAUAGCAGUAGAAAAUGUGGUUGUUCACCCAUUGGUGUUGCUUAGCGUGGUGGAUCAUUUUAACAGAAUAGGAAAGGUGGGUAACCAAAAACGAGUUGUGGGCGUCCUUCUCGGUUCCUGGCACAAGAAAGUUCUUGAUGUUUCAAACAGCUUUGCAGUACCAUUUGAUGAAGAUGACAAGGACGACUCGGUGUGGUUCCUGGAUCAUGACUAUCUGGAGAACAUGUAUGGGAUGUUUAAGAAAGUCAAUGCAAGAGAACGGAUCGUGGGCUGGUACCAUACAGGUCCAAAACUACACAAGAAUGACAUCGCCAUAAACGAACUUAUCAAGCAGUACUGCACCAACUCGGUGUUGGUCAUCAUCGAUGUAAAGCCCAAGGACCUGGGCCUGCCUACCGAGGCGUACUUCUCUGUGGAGGAGAUACAUGAUGAUGGCACGCCCACUUCUAAGACGUUUGAACAUGUGACCAGUGAGAUAGGUGCAGAAGAGGCAGAGGAAGUUGGUGUGGAGCACCUGCUCAGAGACAUCAAGGACACGACAGUGGGCACUCUGUCCCAGCGCAUCACCAACCAGGUGCAUGGCCUUAAGGGUCUCCACUGUAAGCUCCUGGACAUCAGAGCCUAUCUGGAGAGGGUGGUGGCAGGCAAACUGCCCAUCAACCAUCACAUCAUCUACCAGCUGCAGGAUGUCUUCAACCUGCUUCCUGAUGUCAACCUGCUGGAGUUUACCAAAGCCUUCUACCUGAAGACUAACGACCAGAUGCUGGUGGUCUACCUAGCCUCCCUGAUCCGCUCUGUGGUGGCCCUCCACAACCUCAUCAACAACAAGAUCUCCAACAGGGAUGCAGAGAGGAAGGAGGGCCAGGAGAAGGAAGAGAGCAAGAAGGAGAAGAAGGAGAAGGAGGAUAAGAAAGAGAAAGAGGAGAAGGGUGAUUCGUCAUCUAAGAAAGACGAGAAGAAGAAAAAAUGAGUUUUCUUUCUCCAUCUCCAGGUUUUUUGGCUUAGAUCAUACUCUACUGGGCCAUGUGCUACAUUUAGACAGAGCCACAUUUCUGUAUGUGGGUCUAUCUGAAAGUAGGGCUGUAUCUGGGGAAUAGGGGUCAUCUGAUAUGUGGCCUGGUGUUCCUAUGUGUCCUGAGGGAGAGAACAGGCUUUUGUGAUCCCCACUGUGAGAACAUGUUAAGUCUCCCCAUGUUGGAGCCUGCAGUUGUACAUAAUGGUGCCUGGGGGGGGGGGGGGGGGGGGGUUAGGGAGUUUUGUAUGAUGGAGAGGAAUUCGAUUUUUGUGUCAGUCAUUAAAGUGGGAUAAUAAAUA